AUGUAUGACAGAGACAACUGUAAGUCAGAUAGAUCUAAUGAUAGCAAUAAUGAUAUAUAUGAAAUGUUUUUUGAUCUUUUAACAGACUUUGAGCCACCAGUUUCAGAGAUGUUUAUUCUAGAAUAA